AUUAAUGUCGUCAUGAAUUGUUCGUGUGUGAUUUGCUGGGUGCGAUUGCAAGCCACCCACAAUAUUAUAGCAACUGACUGCGGUCAUAUUUUUCACAAUAAGUGCCUCAACGAGUGGAUCGAGAGGUCUCCAACAUGUCCAGAAUGCCGUAAAGAUGUUAACUCAACCCAAAUUCGUCGUCUUUAUUUAAAUUUUACAAAUGACGACACCAUACAAGAUGACCCAGCAGUAUUACAAGAGCAGAUUGAUAAAUUGCAAUAUUUAUCACGCUUCCAAGAGUCUCAGAUACAAACGCUGACGACGCAGAAAAAAAAUUAUGAGCUGAGAAUUAACGCGCUGGAUCGCGAGCUCAUAACCCAGGCCAAGGAGGUCCGGAAACUCGACGCUGUCGUUUUUGCUUUGGAAGAUCAGUUGAAGGGCCACAAGGCCGCUUGUGAUGAGAGAAAAUAUUACCUAGAGCAAACUGUUAAAUUGAAGGGCGACCUCGAUAGUUGCAAGAACUUCUUAGGCCUAGAACAAACUGCCGCCGAGCAUUACAAAUCAAUAGCGCUGAAACAUGAGAUGACGAUAAGCCAAAACAACACGAGAAUCGACAAGCUCCAAGAACAACUGGCCUUAUCAGAAGCAAAGUAUAUGACCAAGCUCCAGGAAGCAGAAAGUCUCCAGCACAUGUUGGCCCGAGCGAAAACUCCAGUGACAACUUCUACCAUAAACAAUGACUCGAUAUUGAUGUCAACAUUGCCCGACCUGGAUGAUAUACGACUGGAUCAGUCCCCAAGUCGCUCCGAGCCGGCCUUUCCUUUUAACUUGGUGAUAAAGUCUCGGGAGAACAAGGAAAAUGAACCUAUGCCCAACAAUAAUAUGUUUUCUUUUUUUAAAAGAAAAAGCUCCACUCCUGAGUAUGGGCAACCUAACAAAAGACUUAUGCCUUCAAAUCACAUAGAUACAAUUGCACAAGAACUAGAGGCUUUUUGCAAUAAAUUAGAUUCAUAUCCAACAACGUCAGGGUAUCAGAAAAAAAACUUCGUUAGUAUAACAGACACUCAUUUGCCAGCGACAAAUAACUUAUCCGCUUCGUCAACACUAUCACUGUCUUCAUCUUCGCUCUCUUCCCAGUCUUCGUCUUUAUCUUCAUCCUCAUCCUCAUGCUCAUCGUCUUCCUCGUCGUCUUCUUGCAUAAACAAUGCUUUGAAACCGACUGAACUGGUUGACUUAACCGGCGAGACUUCCAUUGUCAUAGAUCUUACGUAA